AUGAAAAAUAAUGUGGAAGAAAAAGAAAAUAAUAAAAUUGUGAAGAGGAUAUAUUCCAUUGUUCAUGCUCUAACAAUACAAUAGUGUUGAGCUCCUCCAAUGCAUCUUCUAUUAGUAAGCAAGCUGCAUCAGUCACCGGCGCUUUUUCCCGUGUCUCAAUUUCCUUCAUACAUUCUCAAUUUCUCAUCCUCUUCACUCUUCACCUUACGUUCUUGCAAUUUGAAGCUAGUUUCAGCAUUUCCUAUUAAUUCUAAUUCAAGCCACCGCCGCCGCCCUGCCAUUCAAGUUGCCCGGCCCGGUCACCGACGCCGUCCCGCCAAUCCAGUUGUCUGCCGCCAACCUCUACGUUUUCAGUUUCAAUUGAAGAAAGAAAAACAAAUUGGGACAUUACUGAACUCAAUGGACUCAAAGACGCCGCCUUGUCAUCCUACUUAUGACUUGAAGGGUGUCAUCAAGCUUGCUCUUUCUGAAGAUUCUGCUAAUAUAGGGGAUGUGACAUCUAUGGCCACUAUUCCAGCAGAAAUGGAAGUGGAAGCCCAGUUUUUAACGAAAGAGGAUGGCAUUGUUGCAGGUAUUACCCUCGCUGAAAUGAUAUUCCAUGAAGUGGAUCCUUCCUUAAAGGUGGAAUGGUACCAGAAGGAUGGGGAUCAUGUUCAUAAAGGACUGAGUUUAGGGAAAGUAUAUGGAAGAGCGCAUAGUAUUGUAGUUGCUGAAAGAGUGGCUCUAAAUUUCAUGCAACGGAUGAGUGGAAUUGCUACACUCACAAAGGAAAUGGCUGAUGCUGCAUAUCCUGCUACUAUCUUGGAGACAAGAAAGACAGCUCCAGGUUUACGCUUGGUGGAUAAGUGGGCGGUUCUGAUUGGUGGAGGGAGGAAUCACAGGCUUGGUUUAUUUGACAUGGUGUUGAUCAAAGAUAAUCAUGUAUCAAUAGCAGGAGGAAUCACAAAAGCCCUGAAAUCUACAGACGAUUAUUUGGUGCAGAACAAUCUCGUAAUGGAGGUUGAGGUAGAGACCAGAACCCUGGAGGAAGUUAAGGAGGUAUUAGAGUAUGCAUCCCAGAAUAAGACUUCCCUGACGCGGAUAAUGUUGGAUAACAUGGUAAUCCCCAAACCUAAUGGAGGUGUUGAUGUUUCCAUGCUGAAAAAAGCUGUCAGAAUGAUUGACGGUAGAUUUGAGACUGAGGCAUCUGGAAAUGUGACUCUUGACACCGUGCACCAAAUCGGACAAACUGGAGUGACCUAUAUAUCUAGUGGUGCCUUGACGCAUUCGGUGAAAGCACUUGACAUCUCCCUGAAGAUUGAUACUGAGCUUGCUCUCGAAGUUGGGAGGCGUACAAAUCGUGCCUGAUGGUUGUGGCCUUGUGAACUGGAAUGUAGUGAAGCUCGCUUUUACGGCGUACCCUUGUUGAUUGACAAUUCUUAGAAACUUUAUAGUUUCCGCAAAUAAUUCUCAUGAAUGGUGAGAGCAGAGAGCAGAGAGCAGAGAGCAGAGAGCAGAGUGUUCUUGUUUUACUGUAUACCCUUGGCCUUGAUUAUACUACAGCUGCUGUUUCAGAUUCAGGUCCUUGUAUAUCUCUUCAAUGCAUCAUAAUAUUGCUAUAUCCUUGCAGUAUGGCUUAAUGUAAAAUGUUAAAUGUUUUGUGAUACUCCCUUGAUAUGUCUUAUGUUUUAAGUUUUUCAUUUGUAGUGUUUUUAAGAAUUCUGAUACACUAUCUAUAUAAUUUAGCUACGUUUGCUUUUGCCACGGAGCUUAA